CCCCCCCGGCUCACUGACAGUGAGUCAGUUCCAAGCAGCUGCAUAGAAGAUGUCUGCCCCAGAUGCUGCUCCCCCAGCUGGACCUCCCGGAGCCCCAGGGGCCCCAGGAGCAGACGGAGCCCCAGGUGGAGGGCCCCCACCCCCUCCUCCCAACACCUCCAGCAACCGCAGGCUACAACAGACACAAGCCCAAGUGGAGGAGGUGGUGGAUAUUAUGCGGGUGAAUGUGGACAAGGUUUUGGAGAGGGACCAGAAGCUGUCAGAGCUGGAUGACAGAGCGGAUGCUCUCCAGGCCGGGGCCUCCCAGUUUGAGAGCUGUGCAGCCAAGCUCAAGAGCAAAUACUGGUGGAAAAACGCAAAGAUGAUGAUCAUUAUGGGUAUCAUUGGAGUUCUUGUGGUCGGAGUCCUUUUCUUGUACUUCUUCUAUUGAGUAAUCCCACCGUGGCAGGACACAGACAUGAGAGCGGAAUAGGAGAGAAGAAGAAAACAAAAUCGACCCAGAUCCAAACUCCAGUCCCGCCCCCUUUAUCCUCCACACCAGGUCUUCCAUCUAGCACUUAAACAUGACGAUAGUGUGUAGAUGUUGUUGCUCUCUUUUCUCUUUGUCCUCCUGCCCUUCCCUUCUCUUUGAUCCAUAUUUCUUCCUCUGUUUUGGCGUGCUGUCUCACUCACUCUCUCCUGCCUCUGCGUCUCAUACAUUAUUGAAGUGUGCAGUAGGAAAGAGAGAGAGAGAGAGAGAGAGAGAGAGAGAAAGCAGGAAGAAGUGACAGAGAGAGAGAGAGAGAAAGCAUGAAUAAGUGAAAGAGAGAGAGCAUGGAGAAAGAGAGAGUGAGUGCAAUGAAAGAGCGCAGCAGUUCUUUCUAUCCGCCAAAGCUUGUUCGUGUUACCUUUUGGAGAGCGUACCACAUUUGUAAAUUGAUACUGACAUACAGUACCUAACAACCCCUCCUGAUCCCCUACCUCAUACCACUACCAUUAUAAACACUACUUACUAAUACAAGGUCAUGUUUAAGAGUAUGAUCAUUUUGUCAUGUGUGUGUGUGUACUUGUGAUCCAAAUCAGUGUAGCCAGUAGCUUUUUCCAGGGUUAGUUGAUGUAGGCCUUGACGGGCAUUCCUGCCUUUUCCUUUACCUCCCUCUUCCUCUCACUCGCUGACUGUGGUGUUUAAGAGAGAGAUAGAGAGAGAAUAAGAAAAGCCAGGAAGGAUACUGGAAAAGGCAGAAACCACUUUUGGGACACUGACUUUUAGUAUAUCUUUAUUCUUGUACCACAGACAGACAUACGGACAGUUAGCUAGAUUGACAUUGACAGACAGAAACAGACAGUCUGUACCUACAUAGAGUAUUCUUUCAGGAGUGCAGACAAAAGUCUAUACAGCAUUAACUCUGGACACACCUAAAGGCAGGUCUGUGUAAUAACACUGCAUAGAACAUUUCUGAUUGAUUAGUAUUAACUCUGGACACACCUAAAGGCAGGUCUGUGUAAUAACACUGCAUAGAACAUUUCUGAUUGAUUAGUAUUAACUCUGGACACACCUAAAGGCAGGUCUGUGUAAUAACACUGCAUAGAACAUUUCUGAUUGAUUAGUAUUAACUCUGGACACACCUAAAGGCAGGUCUGUGUAAUAACACUGCAUAGAACAUUUCUGAUUGAUUAGUAUUAACUCUGGACACACCUAAAGGCAGGUCUGUGUAAUAACACUGCAUAGAACAUUUCUGAUUGAUUAGUAUUAACUCUGGACACACCUAAAGGCAGGUCUGUGUAAUAACACUGCAUAGAACAUUUCUGAUUGAUUAGUAUUAACUCUGGACACACCUAAAGGCAGGUCUGUGUAAUAACACAUAGAACAUUUCUGAUUGAU